AGAUAUACAACAUUCUGAUAAGUUGGUUCAGAUGUAUACUGGACUGCAAAAUGCCAAGGUGUUUAAUUUACUAGCUGAUAAGUUGAGAGAAAAAGCAGAAAGAUUACAUUAUGUCAGAGGUUCUGAGUCACAUACAACUAAGCAACACCAACUUAAAGCUGAUUGCAAGAAGCCUGGGCCUAAACGAGGAACAACUAUUGAAGAAGAAUUUUUCAUGACUCUAGUACGUUUAAGGCAAGGCAUAUCUGAAGAAGAUUUAGCAUUUAGAAUGAAAGUAUCUCAGGCAACAGUCAGUAGAAUAUUGCCAACUUGGUUUGCUUUCCUUUCAAAAGAGAUGUCAUCACUAAUAUAUUGGCCAACUGAUGCAGAAAACAAGUUGUCUUAUCCUGAAUGCUUUAAGAACCACCCAAAUGUGAAAGCUGUCAUUGAUUGUACAGAGGUAUAUAUUCAGAGGCCCUCCCUGUCUGAAGCCCAAGCUCUGACAUAUUCCAACUACAAAAGUACAAAUACAUGGAAAACACUGGUCGCCUGUACUCCUGCUGGAGUAAUAUCCUUCAUUGCCCCUGGACAAGGUGGAUUGGCUUCAGAUAGAAAGAUUGUAGAGGACUGUGGAAUCAUCAACAAAUUUGAAAAGAAUGAUGUAUGUAUGGCAGACAGAGGGUUUAACAUACAGGAUAUARUGCUUCCCAAAGAGGUCAAGCUUGUCAUUCCUCCCUUUAAGAGAGGCCAGUCUCAGUUUUCUAAGAGUAYUGUAAUAAAUACUUCAAGUAUCGCUAAAGCUAGAAUUCACAUUGAGAGAGUCAUAGGGAGAAUAAAGAAUUUCAGAAUUCUUAGCACUAGAGUCCCAUUAACAAUGGUUGAUCAACUUGAUGAUAUUUUCACUGUGUGUGGGGCCCUUGUUAACCUUGCACCACCCUUAGUUCCCUUAAAGAAAUAAGAAAUAAACAGAAAAAAACAAUGUUUUCACUUCCUUUUGUCUUUAAAAUGGUAUUCAUUUCUAAUAAUAGAAAUCCAUUGUGUUUUAGUUUGCUUAUUUUAUGACCUGCAAACAAAAUAUGGUACAAGGCUAUAAUAGAGAAACCAAAAAAUCACAAUAGAGCAUGUAUAAUAGAUAAAUUGCAAACCAUGAUAGAAGUGACUGCUUCAACUUCAAGUGAACUGAAACUGUAAGUUAUUCAUAUUACACAUGCUCUUCAAUUAAAAAGUCCAGAUGCCUAUAUAUACUGUGUAAGAUGUAAUGCUAAAUGGUUGAGUUUAUACAAAAAAGUGUGAAUAUAUACUACUAUUAAUAACUGAUU